AUGAAGCAUGGUUAAAGAAUUACUAUAUAUAACAAGACAAUAAAUUAUGAUAUUGUGAAUUCAAAAAUAGCAAAUAAUUUGCAAGAAGUAAAAAGGAAAAUUGUUUAAUAGUUAUAAAUUGUUUACAAGGUUGAAAUUCAAUAAUUGAAGCUUUCCCAAUACGAAGUCUAUAUAUUAGAAAAGAAGUAAUACCUAUUUAAAAUGACUUAAUUUAUAAGCAAAUAAAGCUUAUUAUAAUUAUGA